AUGGCGAAAAGAUCGGUGCUACUGGUGGUGUUAGUCGUUAUUACGUUUGCUCUUACGGUACAUUCCAAGGUGGAUUUUACAAAUAUCAAAUGUGUUUCAUACGAUAAGUCUUAUGUAUACUUUGAUACCUGUUUAUUGAAGGCCGUUAAUCGCACCUACAAAUACAUAUCAGUCACUGCGAAGUUCCCGGGAAAACAACCGACAAAUGACAUAAAGGUCAAUUUCGCCAUGCAGCGUAAGGAAAACGGUUACAAGCCAUUCCUCUACAAUAUAACCAUCGAUGCCUGUGAGUAUCUGAAGAAGCGCAACAACCCGGUCAUCAGCUUUGCGCAUACGUUUUUCGAAAAAUACUCCACCAUCAACAGAACCUGCCCCUAUGGACAACAGGAUGAAAUGGUGGAAAAGCUUCCAGUUUCACACAUCAACAAUUUGGUUACGAACGUGUUGCCCUCACCCCACGGAGAAUAUGCUUAUAUUUUGACAUUCUAUUUGUUAAAGAAAAAGGCGGCGAGUGUAACGGUGUAUGGCUCAUUGUCAUAA